AUGAAGAACACCGCCCUUUAUGCCAAUGAGAAUGGCGAGCUCGGCGCUCGCCGAGAUUUGCCAGUCCCCCGACCCAGCGAUGGGGAAAUCCUGAUUGAAGUCCUUUUCUCCGGUGUGAACCGUUCUGAUAUCACCUCGGUGAAGCUCCUGGGCUCUCGCUCUCGGGUCCUUGGCAACGACUUUUGUGGACGCGUUCUCGAGGUUUCGGAUCUGGUAGACACCGCUUUCAAACCUGGUGAUAUUGUGGCCGGGUACACGAUGGCGAAUUUUGAUCGCCCUCUCCGUUACGGGUCUCACCAAUCGUACAUCUCUAUUCCACCGAAGAACAUCUUUAAAGUGCCAGAGAAUGUACCAACUGCUGAUGCUGCGGGUCUGAUGACUGUCGUUCAAACUGCGAACGAUGCCCUUUUGAAUCUGCGUCUGCCUCUGCCAUCAAUGGACCCUGGACCAACGGAUGGAGUCAUGGUAAUCGCAGGUGGCGCCACGACAUGUGGUAUCGCGACUAUCCAGCUUGCGCGUAAUAUCGGCAUCAAAUCUAUCAUAGCCACUGCUUCGCCGGGACGCCACGAGCUGCUCGAGAGCCUGGGUGCAACACGCUGUUUUGACUACAGGGGUGAUAGUGUUGUGCAGGGCAUCAGAGCGGCUGUAGAGGAAGCUGGUCGUGGACCGGUGUAUGGUCUCGACGCAGCCGCUACGCCUGACGCUGCAAAAAUACUCUUGGACGCCUUGGCAGACCGGGAAGAUAUCCAUCUAGCAUCUCUCUCCCCUUGGGCUGGAGAUCGUUUCGAGUUUGUCCUCGGUGGUCGUGAUUACGAUGUCAUUUUCCAUCCUCCUGGCGCGCCAGAGCCAUUUGUCAUGCCUGCUAGACCAGCUGAUGCGGCAAAAAUGUGGGACAGUCUCAUGUGGGUACUUCAGCACUAUGGGAAGGAGUUUAAGCUGCCGGUUAUUGAGGUCUUUGAGGGAGCUGCAGAGGACGCUCUGGGAGAGAUACAGAAAGUGGCGGAUCAGGGAAAGUUUGGAAAGCUUGUGUUGAAACAUCCUUUGAUAUAA